GCUCCAGCUUGUUGUACGUGUGCUUCUCUGCAGUGAGUUGAAGCUACAGCAGCAGUGUGUAUAGAUAGAAACCAUGGUGUUGCUCGAAAAUGAUUCGUUUCUCACAGAGCUCACUCGACUCUUCCAGAGGUGCAGAACAUCAGGCAGUGUUGUCAUCACGCUAAAGAAGUAUGAUGGUAGAACAAAACCAGUACCGAGGAAGGGCCACUCGGAGUCAUUUGAACCGGCUGAUAACAAAUGUCUCGUCAGAGCUUCUGAUGGCAAGAAGAAAAUUAGCACAGUGGUCAGCACCAAAGAAGUAAUCAAGUUUCAAAUGGCGUAUUCCAACCUCCUUAGAGCUCACAUCGACGGCCUUAAGAAAAAGGAUAAGAAAAGCAAAAGCAAGAAAACCAAAGCCACGCAGUGAGCUAUAGACUCUUUAAGGUAACCAUGGAGGCAGUCCAGUACAAUGUGAGGGGACGGACGAGGGCAGCUUCUGACCCACAGCUCUCCUCUCGUUCAUCAGAAGCCUCAGGGUCGUCCACCUGGUGACUGUGUUCAUAUUGUUUGCAUGGUGACGUUUCAUCCCUGGCUGCCCAGAGCCAUCAGGUGGUCAGGAGCAGACAACAUGAAGAUAUUUUUUGUUUUUUGUACAGUAU